AUUUAUCAUUUAUUUUUUUAUAAAACAAUCCCACACUGCUCAGUGAUCGCGCCCACUCUUUAGCCCUCGAGGGGGUAAUCAUGGCUGCACAGGAACCUUCUCCACCACCGUCUCUGGAAGGUAACAAGCCGGGAUUUCCAAAGAAAAGAAGAAGACAAGCAUUUAUGCAAUUCGUGCCAGAAGAUUCUAAGGAGGCCGCUGCAAGCGCAGUGCGGUCAUCGCUUCUGCAGCUUCUGCUUUAACAAAAUAGUGAGGUAAGUGCUGUCAUGGUGAACCGCUAGAGCUGCAGCUAAGAAUCUUUACUGACCCUCAUCACUCAUGUUCCAUGUCAACGACAGUUCCGCUAAUAAAUACAACACACGUCACCCAUGAAAUAACUUCGGCUGCUAUUUUUAUUGCAACCAUUUACAGGAUUUUUCGUCGUGCACUUUAUCUAAAGAGCAUUUAUAAAUUGUAAUCUGUAAAUUGAUUAUUCUUAAAGGACAUUAUUAAAAAUAAGUUAUUCGUUUUCACUGUUGCAAACAACACGGCGUGAUAUCACUAUUGAAUACAUUCUCAAAUCCAAAAAACUUUAAAUAAUAAAAAAGUGUGAUUGUCUUCUAUAAAACUGUAGAUUUAACGAUCAUAAAGUAAUCAUUAACAUUCCAGCUGAAACAACUUAAGUUACGAUCGUGUGGAAAAUAUUCACAAAGUUCUCCAGUUCACCACAGGAUAAAUCCGUACAUGGACUGUACAACAGCCCCCCUCCAGACCCAUGGUGUAUUAACAGUAUCCAGUUAACCUAGUCUGGCAUGUUUUUGGGCUGUGUAAAAAAAAAAAUAAAAAUAAAAAUAAAAAAAAUGGGGAAACGUCAACUCCAUACAUUAACUACUUGGGUGCGAAUCAGUGACCUUCCUGCCGUAGGGCAAGGCCACUUGCCAAUCUUCCACUGUGGGAGCCAAAAGUUUUACAAUAAAAACAAACAAACAAAAAAAAACCCUUUAUUGCCAUCUCUAAGUUUCUCUAAGCAACACCAGCUCUCUUUGUUUACAUCAACGUUUGUUUUCUCUCCUUAUAAGUUCUGGACCACAGAAUUGCAAUGCUUGCAUCAAAGAAGACUUGUUUGAGGAGCCAGCAUCUAUUCUUAAGCAAGGGGGUGUAAGUAUGUAUAUAUGUGUGUGUGUGUGUAUGUAUUCUAGUCUCUAGAAAGACAGUAAGAUAUGUCUAAAUAACCAAUCGAGUCCAAUCUGACCAUUGUAAAUGGAGAUGACAGGAAGAAGAUAAUAUGGUCUGAUGAGUCUGAACAAGAACUCUUUGACCAUAUACAUGUUGGCUGUGCUUGGAGAAGGAAUAGAAAUACAAGGGAGGAAACAAGGAGUGGAUGGAAACAAAUGUUAUAAAGACAAAUAGGAAAAUAUUUUAGUUUUAGGAAGAACUUCAGCAGCCAGGAGCAGAACUGGGUCUUGGUUGUGUCCCUGCAGUAAAACUCCCUGGGUAACUUAGCAUGGUGCAUGUUUAAGUAUAUGUGUGUGAUUAUACUGACUGGUGUUUCUGCUUUGUGUUAGGCGUUCCCAGACAAUGCAGCUCGCAGAGAGGUGGAAGCGUUGGCUGCUGUCUGUCCAAAUCAGGGCUGCACAUGGAUAGAAACCAUCAAAGAAUUUGAGGUGAAUGCUAAAGCUACAUUUACAUUGUUAUAUAUUUGACUUUUAAUGUGCCUGAAUCAGUGGAAAUUUGAAUUGUAUAAACAUUAUAUGUAUUAAUAAUAGGCUCAAAAACAUUAAGGUGAGACAGUACUUCUGUCAAGGCGCAAUCGACAAAAGAAUCAGGAAGUAGGUUUGUUUUUUAACCCUGUCUGGGUUCAUGUGUCUACAGAUUAGUGGUUCACAACUUUUCUUGGCUUCUCACCUCAUUUUGAUAUCACAAAUUUCUGGCGACCCCUUGAGACAUUUUAGUAGCGGUCACUCAAUUCACAUUAAUGAAUGUGUAAGAAUGCAGUUGUUUAAGAUUGUGUGGUGCUUUUAAUCAUAAUUCUAAAAAGAAUAAAAAGUGUUAUUUAUCAAUAUUUCUUUUUAAUCAAUUACAAGACAGUUCCGACUACCUCCUUUGAAUUUCAGGCGACCCCAAGGUUGAAAACCACUGCCAUAGGUGAAAACCAAGAAGUGGUGUUCUAGAUGAUUGGGUCAUCAGAUACUGUACAUGUUUACUGGUUUCUUUACCUUCACAGGGCAGAGCUCUGUUUAGUUCUCGUGAUCUGUCCUUUUUUUCCAGGCUCAUGAUGAAAUCUGUCCCAAGUAUCCCAUGAUCUGUGAAGGCUGUGCGAAGAAAAAGAUUCCUAGAGAAAAGGUAUUCACUGAAGCACCACUGUUUCCUGAACGUCAUAAACCACGUCUCUGUGAUCUACAGAUUGUUAAUUCUUCUCCUUUCUAUCAUUUGUUCUCUACAGUACGUGGACCACAUUAAGUUCUGCAGUAAAUUUAAAUUUCCUUGCAGGUUCCAUGUUUUUGGCUGUGAUUUGUCUGUAAGUAAACAUUUACCUUUGAGAAACUUUAAGGACGUUUGCACAUUUUGUUUAUCACGAACACACUAUAUACACUAUAAAACUACACUUAAAAAACCCCAAACUUUUGUUUUUCUCCAUGAAAGGUGGAGAAGGAAAAGAUCAAUGACCAUGAGCGUCAGUGUUCCUAUGAACACCUCAACCUGCUCGAGAUGAGCUACCUGGAAGGAAGUGUGAAUACUGGAGCUGUUGGUGGCAGCAGUGCAGCUCUGGUUCAAGCUGCCUGUGCUCCAACCAUGACCACCUCCUUCAUUCCGUUUCCCACAGCUUUGGCCGCUGCACUGGAGCUGCAACUCCAGAGUGAGAAGACCAAGGUGGUGGAGCUGAAAGUCAGCAUGUUUGAGAACAUUGUCUGCGUCCUCAACAGGGAGAUGGAGUGCUCCUGCGCUACCAUGGAGGCCUACAACCGACAACAUCAGCUGGACCUGGAUAAGAUCGAGAUCCUCAACAACAAGGUGACAGAGUGACAUCAUCUCUAAUGAUGUACAGUAUUUUCCGGACUAUAAAUCAUACUUUUUUUCAUCCUUUGCCUGGGUUUGCGACUUAUACUCAGGUGCGAUAUAUAUUAAAAUAUAUAAUUUCGUUAUUUUCACACUGACAGCCACUAGAGGGCACUCUAGCUGGCUGGUGUGACUUAUACUCUGGCACGACGGUACUUAGUGGUUUUUAUUGCGGGCAGUAUUGGUGUAUUUAAAGAUGAAAAUGGAAGUGUUCAUGUGCUGCUGCUAAUCACCAGUUCC